GUCAUCGGUAGCUCGGAGGACGUCCAGCCGAGCCCAGGUCGGUUGGGCCGAUUGCGGACGAGUAUGCGUCAGUCUAGCAGACUUGACUCAGCCUCUACAGGAACACCGCGACCUGUGGCUGUCGCCACCAUUGAGGCUGACAGCGGCAGUUGUGGCAAUUCGGCCUCCAGUUCUCGUGCCGACCCGCGGGGCACGGUGCGUCAGGGAAGGACUCGUAGACCGGUAAAACGGCACCAAACCAGUCCGGUCAACGGUAGCCUUGCCGUCACAGCCAUUGCCACCUCUGCGACAGCCUCACCUGGCCCCGAAGCCGUCGGGGACAAUGGUAACGGUCUCAACUCAACUGUCCUCUCAGACCCACGCAUGCAACCGCAUCACGAAGCUGCUUGGCUACAAGAAGAGAACAUGUGCUUACGCGCACAGCUGACUGCGUUCGAGUCCCGAUUGCGGCAUGUCAGCGCGGUAGGUUGUCCUAUUCCUUACGAUUUUGUUGUUCAGCCAACUAACACAGACUGCCUUGGAGCCAGCUUUGCCGGUGCUGAUCUCUCUGUACCGUUUAGUGGAGCUUACAUGUAG